ACAGAAAGAGCUCCGCUCAGCUCGGAGUCUCGCUCUCAGCGCGUUAGAGCUGGAUCCCGCUGAGGGUGAACGGGGCUGUCAGAAGAGCCUCCUCACCUUCACCUCGGCACAGGACACAAAACUGUGGACUGCUUUAUUACAGCCGCUGUCAGGGACGAGGAGUUCGGCGAAAAGCAGUUGCUGGCGUCUAAAAAAAUGGAAAAGCACAAAGUGCUGGAGCGGCUGUUAGAGGAGCUGCAGCAUUUUCUGAAGCUUCUGGAUGGAGAGUACCUGAGCGGGAAUGCCACUGUGAAGAAGAACCUGCUCACUGACCUGCUGCAGUCUUACAAGUCCUCAAAUGGAGGAGAUGAAGAAUACAUCUAUAUGAACAAAGUCAUUGUCACUGGACAGAACCAGGACAAAACAGACAGAGACAACAGACCGGAAGCAGAGGCCAAUGGAAGAGCAGGAAAGCACAUCUCUGCCCCACAGAAGAGUCUUCCUGAGCUGCCUCCGCCCAGAACACCUAUAGUCACAAGGGAGCCCUUUCCUCUUCCACCAGCUCCAGCUUGUCUAGAUUCUCCCGAGGGUUACUAUGAAGAGGCUCAGCCCUAUGAUUCAACCAUCAACGGCUUUGGAUGUUUGGGUAUCAUCACAGGGGCCAGGAAUCGAGUAGAGAACUCUGACAGUGUGGUCUAUGCUGUGAUCAAUCAGGAUGAUGCUGAUGCAGUGAGCAGCUCUUAUGAGUCUUAUGAUGAGGAUGAGGUACCAAAGGGCCAACCAUCCACAGCACAGCACCAGUGGCCAUCCACAGAGGCAUCUAUCGAGCUGAUGAAGGAUGCUCGGAUCUGCGCUUUCCUCUGGAGGAAGAAGUGGCUGGGCCAGUGGGCCAAACAGCUGUGCGUCAUCCGAGAGAACCGUCUCCUGUGCUACAAAAGCUCAAAGGACCAGACUCCUCUGCUGGAUAUCAGUCUGGUGGGCUGCAGCGUCAUUUACAAAGAGAAACAGCCCAAAAGGAAAGAGCAUAAGCUGAAGAUCAUCCCUCAGAGCGGGGAGGCCAUCGUGCUGGGCCUCCAGAGCAAAGAGCAGGCUGAACAGUGGCUGAAGGUGAUCCAGGAAAUUAGUCCCAAAUCUGCAGAGGGCUCUGAUAUCUCUGAUUCCCCCAGACUCAUCUGUACUAAGGGUGAGCUUAACGAGAGAUACUCUGUGGCCUCAGAGAGCGGCAGCAGCACGGACAGCCAUGCUGAGAAUGUCGAGACUAGAGAUGUUAAAAAGAAAUAUGGUGCUGGCCUGAUGCUGAGUAAUCUGAUGAACAUUGGCAAAAAGAAGGUGUCCUCCUUGGAGAGCCCUGAGAAGUGUGUGGAAACAUCAGGCUAUCUGAAUGUAUUGGUAAACAGCCAGUGGCGAACGCGCUGGUGUCUGAUAAAGAACGGGCAGCUGUUGUUCUACCAGGACAAGGGAAAGUCUAAGCUGGCCCAGCAGCCAGUGCUUCUGGAAGGGUGUAUGGUCCUGCCAGACCCCAGCCCUGAACACCUUUACUCAUUUCGUAUACAGAUGGAUGGAGAGGAGCUUGCCAUCCUGGAGGCAAAGUCAUCUGCGGACAUGGGCCACUGGUUGGGAUUGUUACUCUCACAGACGGGGACCAAAACUGACCCAGAGGAACUCACCUAUGACUACGUAAACUCUGAAAGGAUAUCCAGUAUAGUCAAUGCAGCCAAGACCUCCAUGUACUUAAUGCAGAGGAGAUAUUCUGAGCCUAAUACUUACACAGACACCCUCCCAUCAAAUCCCCACGACGCUGACGACAUAUACGAUGAUGUGGCCUCCACAGAGAAUGAACAGGAGGAUGGUCAGGAGGGAAGCAGUGAGUUGUUGGUGAGCACAGAGCAGGAUGGAAAGGACAGAGUAUAUCUGGACCUAAUUCCUGUCCGCUCCUUCCUCCACACAAACUCGGGCAGAGUGUCCCCCCAGUCCGCCCAUUCUCCACAGAGAGAGCCCAGCCCCACCCCAGCUCCCACCGCUGAGCAACAGGACCCUGUGAAUGAGGAUGUGAAACCUGCAGAGUCCGAGUAUGAAACUUCAUUACCCACAACCACAGAGCACCUCAAUCCUCCACCAGUCACCCCCAGAUUGGAUCUAGACCAGAACACAUCCUCCAGUCCCAGUGCCCAGCCACAGAGCCAGCCACAGAACCAGCCACAGCACCAACAACACCCAGCACCACAGCCUCAGAGAAUCAGCCUCCCGAGUCAAGAUGGCCAGAAGAAGGUCACUCCCCACAGCCCCAGCUCUCCUCGAAGUCAAAUCCACAGUCAGCAGCACACACCUUCACACAUACCCCACAGCCCCCCAACCUCCAGAGGAAGGGCUGCAAGCACUGAUAGGUUCUUCGACAGACUGAAGCCUUCUGCAGCAGCAAGCUCGGGGUCAAUCGAAGUGAAACUAGGGAAGAACCGGACGGAGGCCGACGUGCGACGCUUCACAGAUGAGAGAGACCGGCUGGAGCGAGAGAGGGAAGAGGUCAAGAACACCCUGGCCACGCUGAGGAAGGAAAGACGGGAAGCGAAAGAGGAGCUGAGCUCCUGCCAAGACCCCUCUAAGCAGGCUUCUCUGGAAGCGUUUCUGAAGCAGAGGGAGGAGGCAUGUCGAGAAGCAGAGCGCCGGAGAGUGGAGGUGGAGCUCAGGCUGGUUGAAGUGAAGGAGAGCUUGCGGAAGGUGGAGGCUGGACCCUUUACUUUGGGCACCACAGUGGACAGCGGCCUACUGGAUACACAGCCCACUCCCAAGACAGUCCCUCCUGCCCAAACGACGCCUGUCAACAAUGGGGACUCUUCACCUGUGAACUCGGCCACAGCACUGAAGAACAGGCCUUUGUCUAUCAUGGCACCCAGCAAAGGAAACGUACUGCAGAAAGCCAAGGAGUGGGAAAAGAAAUCGACAACCUAAGCAUAGAAUUGGAAAUGGAGAAUGUUUAAAUGUGACAUGAAGACUCUCAACUAACACAGCCUCUGGUCAACUCAAGCUGUAUUGUCUGUUUGGGCCAGGGCUGAUGGCAGGAAAGGAGAGAAGGCACGCAUUCUUCACCCUGCAGUUUACGCCCCCUCAGUCAUCAUGCCACACCCCCUUUUUUUGCUUCUACUCCAAUGAGAGACUGCAAUGGUACUGCUUACUGCAAGCAGCUUAUCAAAGAUAAUGCUGUUGUCCCCUGCAUUUCUCCAACAAUGCCACUGGACACUGUUGAAACAAUCUAUUUAAUUCUUUUUUUAUAUGAAAAGGGAGAAAUUUAAAUACAUUUUUUAUAACAGACAUAAGCACAUUACAGAAAGGAGCAUUUUUAAAUACAUCUAAGAGAUGUUAGAAGAUGGGAGAACUUUGAGAGCCAUUAGUUUUUUCAUUGCAGCAAGCUACAAUGUGUCGCUCAUAUGGUUAACUAUUUGGUACAGUCUAGAUUGUAGCCUGGUUUAUGUAUGCUGGUAGGCUAGAUGUAAAUACAUAUUACAAAGCAGUUCAGUUUCAUUUGACAUUACUGUAUGCUAGCAAAAACAUGCACUUUUUAUUCAAAUAAAAAUCAGUACUGACAGAAAGGCUUUAUAUGUACCAACAUCUCUUAAUACUCUAUAAUCAAUAUCUCAAACUAAACAUCGCAGAUGAAAAGGAAAAUUUCUCAAUUUUUUUCCCAGUAGGUGGCACCAAAAACAAGCAUAAUUUGUAUAUACAACAUAACAUUCACAUGACAAGUUUACAAUUCUGAACCACAGUAGGUCAGUAGGUGGCACCAAAUGACAAGUAUGAUUUAUAUGUACAUUAUAAGGUAUCCAAAUUACUUUGGAAAAAAAGAGUAAUUUAAUAAUUUUACAAUUCAUAACCACAGUAGAUAUGUUUACAAAAUGUACUUAUGAACUGUUCCUCCAAUAGGUGGUGCCAAAUUAGUAUGAUUUGCAUGUACAACAUUAUAAGCAAUCUAAAUGACUGUUUAAAAAAAAGAGACAUUUAAUAAUUGCACAGUUCAUUAGCACAAUAUAUAAGCAUGUAAAAUAAAUAUUUAAAAUGCGCCUCCUGAAAGAGGCCUUAUGUAACAAAGGUUUUCUGAACAUCAAACAUUGACAUCACAAACCGUUCUGAAACUUUGUCAGUAGCCUAUAUAGCACUGUGCAAAAGCCAGAGACCACCCUUCAUUUUUUCAAUUUCAAGUCAAAACAGCCGUUAAGUACAGGUUAUUCAUUUUCAGGAAAUAUUUCUCAAGAAAUGAGAUGGUUAUUCAUUUCAUCUUCAUUCAUUAGACUUUUUCCAGAGCUCAAACAUCUAAUGUUGUGGGACUGUUUCUGAUCGAUUUUCAGCUUCAUGAAGAUCUGAUUUACUGGCCUUGGCACUCCACUCUUGCUUCAGAUCUGAAAAAAUCCACACGUGUUUCUGUCCAUCCUUCCACUGUGAGAAGACAACUCAAUACUAUGAGUCUGA